CACAAACAUCAUGGCCAAGAAAACAAUUUGGGCGAAGAAUAUCUAGUGUCUACCUUCAUUAACACAAGAUCUCAUUGAUGACUGGGCAAACAACACGGCCAAAAUUCCUCGCUCAAAGCAGACAAAAGGAUAUAGUAACUUCGUCGAGGGAUACAUUCACGAUGUCGAAGGUCAAGUUCUCGAUGGAUUCUCCUUGUAUGGUCUUAUCAUCUCAAUGUGACUGUAAAGCUGGGAAUGGUCAUUGCAGCCAUUGUGUUGGACUGUUAUACCUAUUAUAUAAUUUCCAAAAGCUUGGUCUGAAAGCUGUUCCACCCAUUCAGAGCAAGACAUCCCUGCCUCAGCACUGGAACAUUCCACAGAGGACUGAAGGGUUAGCCCCAAAACAAGUUGACAACAUUGAAGUAUAUAAAGUGAAGCCGAAGACAAGUCAACCUAAGAGGAAAAAAAAAUAAUUGAAGGCAUUCUUC